AUGACUUCUGGAGGCGAAGAAUCUGCAGUUACUCCUAAAGUGGAAAAGAAGGAUGAAGAGACCAGUGUUCCCGUUGAAGAAGCAGAGACCAACGAGCAAGGUCCGAGUACGAGAGGCAGCGCCAAACUCUCAUUUUUCUUGGCUGACAUUCCACCAUCGGAGCACACGCAUUACUUGCUCGCUCUCCUCUCCUCUGCCCUCAAAAACGGUCUUACCGUGAAAACCCCUUUUAAGGAAGCUCGCGAUCGUUUAUCGUCGUUAUUUGUCAAACCCCUUUCGGCUGCUGCUGCUGGCGCUCAGUUUUACAAUCUCAGACAGAAACGUCAACAGUCCGCUGAUGAUUUCGCCCGUGAACUCGAGCGCUUGGCUUCCCUUGCCUAUGCCUCUACACCGCCUGAGGAACGCAACGAAAUCGUCCUCGACCGCUUCAUAGUCGGACUAAACGACCCCACCCUGAAACAUCACCUAGCUAUCAGCCGUCCCCAUGACCUU